ACUCUUACACUCUGAAAGCGUUUGACACGAGCGAUAAUUUGAAAUGGACUUUUAUUAUUCACCUGCUUCUCCGCCAUGCCGUUCCGUCCUUAUGACGGCUGCCGCAUUGGGCGUCAAACUGAAUAAGAAGUUAGUUAAUACUAGCGAGCAACAGCAUUUAACGCCUGAGUUCUUAAAAAUCAACCCACAACAUACGAUUCCAACGCUCGUGGAUAAUGGAUUCGGAGUGUGGGAGUCCCGUGCUAUUAUCGUAUAUCUGGCUGAAAAGUACGGCAAGGACGACUCGCUCUAUCCCAAGGAUCCCCAGCAGCGUGCGCUAGUGAAUCAGCGUCUUUAUUUCGAUAUGGGCGUGCUGUACCAGUCGUUCGUCGAAUAUUACUAUCCGCAAAUCCGAUUCAAUAAACCAGCAGAUCCUGAGAUGUACAAGAAGGUAGAAUCUGCCUUCUCUUUCCUGAACACAUUCCUGGAAGGACAGCAAUUUGUGGCCGGCAGUAAACUGACGGUCGCCGAUAUUUCCAUCGCGGCCUCCGUUUCAACUGUUACACUAAUGGGCUUUCCCCUUAGCAACUAUCCGAACGUGGCCAAGUGGUACGCCAAUGCCGAAAAGGUGAUUCCUGGCUGGAGUGAGAACCAAGAGGGUUUGAUUAAACUGAAGGAGCGCCUUGAAGAAAUGCGUAAGAAAUAAAUUAUAAGCUGAAAUAUGUAUUUCGCUAAAAAUAAAAUAUUAAUUAUCAAUUUAAGAUGAAAGUAUAAUAAAAAGAAGUUGUUUGCAUACACAC